AUGGGGAUUGUCAAGCUUCCAACCUAUCAAAUAUAUUGGAAGACGGAGACCAGAUAUGAGAAAGUAGCAGAUGUAAUGUCGGCAAAACGUUACAUUGAUCUUCGCAGGUAUUUACAUGUUGUCGACAACACAACAAAAGAACAACCUGAAAAUAAAAACGACAAACUUUUCAAAAUCAGGCCAGUCCUUGAGGCCAUUCAGGAAAAUUGUUCCAAAAUUGAACCAGAACCCGUGCAAUCCAUUGAUGAGCAAAUUAUACCUGCUAAAACAAGACGAAGUGGGAUACGGCAAUAUAAUCUAAAAAACCCAAAAAAAUGGGGUUUUAAAAUGUUUGUUCGUGCAGGACAAUCAGGGUUUAUGUAUAAAUUCUUCCCUUAUGCUGGAAAAAAUGGAAAAGAUGAAAAUUCAUCCUGUGAAAAUGUUGUUCUGAGAUUGAUUGAAAAUCUCCCACACCAGAAAGAUUUCAAAAUUUGUUUUGACAACUGGUUUUCAACAUUGUCCUUACUCCUACAGUUGAAAGAGUAUGGGAUUUUGACCUGCGCAACGAUGAGAGCAAAUCGUUUAGCAAACUGUCCUCUUUCCUCAGAAAAGGAAUUGCAAAAAUCGGGGAGAGGAAGCAAAUCUCACAAGGUUGACAAAAAUUCAGGCAUUAUGCUAAUGCGCUGGUUCGACAAUAAAAGUGUCCAACUGGCGUCAACCUACUGCUUCUUUAAACAGAGCGGCACUUUGAGAAGAUGGGAUGCUAAAUCAAAAAGUCAUAUCCAGGUCCCCUGUCCUGAAAUUGUUAGGGAGUAUAACUAUGCAAUGGGUGGGGUUGACUUGGCUGAUAUGUUGAUUGCAUUAUAUCGCUCUCCAAUGAAAACAAAGAGAUGGUACCUGAAAGUUAUCAUUCAUGCUCUUGAUAUGUGCAAAGUCAAUUCCUGGAUUCUUUAUCGCAGAUAUGCUGACCAACUUCGUAUCCCAAAGAAAAAUCAAUACCCUCUUCUAGCUUUCUCGAGCAAAGUAGCUGCUGGCCUUACUGUUGCAUCAAAACCUUUGGAGCGAUCUGUUGGUCGACCCAGGAAGCAUAAGUCUAUAGAAGAUGCUGUUGCAGGACCAGGACGACGUGUUUUGACACCAACACCAGUAAAUUGUUUUAGAACUGAUGCCACAGCGCACUGGCCAUGUUAUCGUGAUACAAAGGGUCGAUGUAGAUUUUGCAAAAAGGAGUUUUUGAUUUCAACCAAUGCCAACGAGAAUUCUAAGUUAGUAUAUGCUCACCAUAAUUUUCGUAUGGAGAAAAUGUUUCGAACAUGUAACAAAAAGUUUUUUUUCUGCACAACUAAAUUAACAAAUUGGGGCAAUGUUACCAUCUGGCAACAAAUAGUUCAUUAA